AUGGAUCGGCUCUGCGGCUUGGCCAAGCGGCCGGCAUGGUGCAAGGCCGCGCCGUCGCUGCUCGUUCGCGAGGAUCCUGCUUCGAAGCCCAGUGCGAAGGUUGCCGGCUUCGACCUCAACGACACUCUCGUCUCCAGCAAGAUAGGAGCACCAGGAUACCAGGUCACGGUGUCCGAUUGGAUCUUCUACAGCGAAGCGGUCCCGAGAAGAAUCGCAGAGUUGCACGACCAGGGCUACAGGCUGGUGAUUUUCACCAACCAGGGCAACAUCAGGAGUGCUCUGGAUGGGAAGAGAGCCGAAGCCUUCAAGGGCUACGUCGACGACUUCGCGAAGAAGCUAGAAGUGCCCUUACUUGUUCUUGCAUCAACACAGCGGGACAAGUACCGCAAGCCAAACACUGGUAUGUGGGAGCACCUUGCGAAGGUCAAUGGCGUGGCUAUAGACCUGGCAGAAAGUUUUUACAUCGGAGAUGCUGCAGGUGGAGCAGGUGAGCAUUCUGCAGACGAUGCAGAGUUUGCCAAAGCAGUGGGUGUCAGGUUUACGCACACUCGCGACUACUUUGGGCCUGCUGGCGGAGGUUCGAGUGAAGCAGGCACUGUGCAGGGCCCGCCCAAGAAGGUCGCCCGCCUUAGUGGUCUGGGCGACUCCUUAGCGAAAUCGCCGGAGAAGCCGAUUGGCAUCGCAGGCUCUCGGCCAGAUCCGCCGGUUGUGCUGAUUCUGGUGGGUUUGCCUGGCUGUGGCAAGUCGACCUUCGCCGAACGUCUUGGCCCACCAGCAGGCUCCGAGGACAGGCUGGGGAUGCCCUGGAGGCGCGUGUGUCAGGAUUUGCUUCGCAGUAAAGAAGCCUGUGUCCGUGCGGCAUCGACCUGCUUGAGCCAGGGGACCUCGGUGAUCAUCGAUCGCACCAACAUCAACGCAGAGCAGAGGGCUCCAUGGGUGUCACUGGCAGCUGCCCAGGGCGCUGUGUGCCAUGCCCUCGUCUUCGAUGUGCCGUUGGAGGAAUGCUGCCGGCGAGCCCAAGCCCGAGAGCAGCAUGAGGGCGGCCUCAGGGGUGGCAGCGUGAGACUGGUGGUGUCAAAGCUCAACAAGACGCUGCAGCCAGUCUCUGGUGAUGAAGCGAAGGGCUUUGCCCGGAUCCGCGUCGUGAAAGCGGAUGCUGACCUCGAGGAAGAGCGCCACUACUACGGCUGCAGCCAGAAUGCCGGGAGGAUCCGCGGAGUUUUUGCACCCGCAGAGUGGGAGAUGUUUCAUUCGUAA